CAAUAUUUUAAGAAUAACGUUUUUAGCUAGAAUACAUAUAUCCUCAGGACAUCCCAAGGAUGUCCUCAAGACAUGAGUAAAAUUUUAAUUUAUAUUAAUACUAUUACAGAAUCUAACAUUCUAAAUUUACUUUAGAAAUCAAAUUUAUACAUAAAAUAUUUAUAUAAAAUAUUUACAAUAAUACAACUAUUAUAUCCUGACAAGAUCCCAGGACAUCCCGGGACAUAUUCAGGAUGAUCCUGAGGACGUCCUGUGCUAUCUGAGAACAUAACCUUCUUUUAUAACUUUAUUGAAUAGUUUUUAAUAUGCACUAAUGCUAUUUAAUGCUGCAAGAGAGUAAAUUCUUAUUAGAUUAAUUAAACAAAUUUUUACACAGAUAUGGCAACGUGGACAAAAAAAGCUGUUGAAAUUUUAAUUGCUGCGUAUAAGAAUGAGCCUUGUUUAUAUCAAACGAGAAACCCAAAUUAUCACAAUAAAAAUCUACGUAAUGAAGCAUUGGAACGCAUUUGUGCAAUUGUCAGUACUGUCACACCAAAUAUAACGGGAAAAGAAUGCAGUAUUAAAUUUUAUAAUUUAAGAAAUCAAUUUAAUACUGAAAACGCAAAAGUAAGAGCUUCAAUUAAAAGUGGUAUAGGUAGUGAAAAUGUGUAUAAACCUAAUUUAUGGUAUUACGAUGCUUUAAAAUUUCUGGAAGAACAUAUAUAGUUCCCAGAAAGAGUAAGAACUCACAUCUACCAAAUAGUACAAAAGAUACGCCUGGUUUUUUGUUACACGUAAGUAGAUAUUUAAAGUAAUUUAGAUUUUUAAAUAUGUUAAAUUUUUAUAACUUAAUGACUAUUUCUAAAACUCUUUCUAAAACUUUUUGCAAAAAGUUUUAGAAAUAGUCAUUAAGUUACAAAAAUUUAAUAUAUUUAAAAAUCUAAAUUACUUUAAAUACCUACUUACGUGUAACAAAAAACCAGGCGUAUCUUUUGUACUAUUUGGUAGAUGUGUUUGUACUAUUUGGUAGAGUUCUUACUUUUUCUGGAAAGUAUAUGUUCUUCCAGAAAUUUUAUAGCAUCGUAAUACCAUAAAUUAGGUUUAUACACCUGUAAUUUGUAUUACAUAACAAUACAAAUCAUUAUGUCUAAUCUAUACAUUAUUUUAAUUAAAUAUACUUAAUUAAGAUAUUUAAGAAUAAGAUAUUUAAUAUAUUACAGAAUAAGAUAUUUAAAUAAUAAUUGUAUUAUAAUAAUAUAAACAU